AUGUCUUUAUCGUCUACAAAUGGUAAAUCAUACAUCUUUCGUCGUCUUUUUCGACUAAUCCCGAUAUCUCAUCAAAAUUACAGACACUGAUUUUCGUGAAGAGGAGGAAAAAUUAUUGACAGAAUCUGGAAAACAAAAUCAUCCAAAAUGUCUGGAAUUUCGAGACAUCGAAGCAACAUCAAUCAAAAAGAAAGGCGUUCGACAGGAAAUUUUGAAAGGUGUUUCAGGGAAAGCGAAAGCUGGAGAGCUGACAUUUAUCAUGGGAUCAAGUGGAGCUGGCAAAACAACAUUGCUGAAUAUUUUAACUGGAAGGAAUUUGAAGAAAAUUGAGCGAGAUGGGGAUAUUUUAGUUAAUGGAACUUUGAUAACAGCUUCGGAAAUCAAGAAGAUCAGUGCUUAUGUUCAACAAGAUGAUAUAUUUAUUGAUAAAUUGACGGUUAAAGAGACUUUGAGAUUUUCUGCAAAACUUCGAUCACCGAAGAAGUUGAAUGAUGAUGAGAUAGACGAAAUUGUUGAGAAACUCAUGAAAGAGGUGAAUUUUAAAAAGGCUUAAAAUUUCAGCUCUGGACCAAAUUUUGGUGCUCUAAGAAUUUAGAAGCUCCAGAGCUCAAGCAAAAACUAUUCAUUAGAAAAUUUUGAGCCAAUCUCAAAUUCUGAAUCUAACAAAAAUCCCCUCAUUUUCCAGAUGAACUUGAAGAAAUGUGAGAACACUUUGGUUGGAUCAAUCUCGCAAAAAAGUCUAUCCCGAGGAGAACGUAAAAGAUUGGCAUUUGCUUGUGAACUUCUGACUGAUCCACAGAUUUUAUUCUGCGAUGAGCCAACUUCUGGUCUAGAUUCUUUCAUGUCGCAUAGAGUUAUAAAAGCAUUGAAACAACUUUGCUCACAGGGCAAAACUAUUAUUUGCACAAUUCAUCAACCAAGUACUUCGGUUUUCAAAAUGGCUGAUUCGUGAGUUCCUCGAAGUCUUAUUUAAAAAAAAAUAAAUUAUUUUAUUUUCAGGCUUAUAUUACUUGCUCAAGGAAAUAUAGCUUAUCAGGGAAGAGCUCAAGAUAUUGGAGAGUUUUUUGAGAAAUGUGGAUAUCCGGUUCCAAGAUUUGUGAAUUCUGCAGAUCAUUUUAUGCGUGUUUUAUCUCAUGGAACAGAAGAAGACGAGAAUGUUUAUAAAAAUCGAAUUGAUGGAAUUAUUGCUGAAUAUGAGAAUAGUAAAGAGGAAUCAACAUCGCAUUCAUCAAAGCGGGAGAAAAAUAAUGACAAAGUUCAGAUGAAGUAGGUAUCUUGAUUCAAGAUUCUCGAAUAUUCAAGCUUCCAAAAUAAAUUCGUGAAUUUCCAGAUUUCCUCGCCCUUGGAUUCUUCAAUUUCUAUAUAUUUUCCAUCGCUCAUUGGUUGUCUUAUCCCGUGAUAAAUUCGAGAUGAUUGUAAAAUUUACUCAAAUAAUAGCAAUGGCUGCAGUGUUAGGAAGUAUUUAUUUCAAUAUUUCGAUUCAGAAAAGUGAUUUGUUGAGUUUGAAAGGAUUCGCAUUUACGACUGUUCAAUUGAUGCAUUUGCUUUUUAUGUUUCAGACUUUGCCUGUGAGUUUUGGGGAGAAACUUAGGCUCUUCAAGCUCAGCAGCUUGAUAAAUAGGAUUUCUCGGCGCGGCUACUUCUCAUACGAGCUUUCAAGGCGCGGAUCCUAGUCAAAGUGGUUUUCAAGGAGCUGGUCUCAGACAUUUAGGCUCUCUAAGCUUUGCUUUUCGUCAUAGAAGCUUUCAAGCCUCGGCUCCUUGUCAGAGUGAAAUUCUAGACGCGGGUCCUAGACAAUUAAGCUCCCAAAGCUCAGCUACUUGACACAUAGGAGGAUUUCUCGGCGCGGCUACUUGUCAUAGAAGCUUUCAAGGCACCGUAGCUAGUCAAAUGUGCUCUCAAGGUGCGACUAUUUUCCAGAAUUGGUCUCUAGGAGUUCGGCUUAGGAAAAUAGGAUCAAUAAGCUCGGCUACUUGACAACCGAGUUCUCUAGAGUCGGCUACUUGACUUAGAUGCCUUCAAGGCGCGACUCCUAGACAGUUAGGUUUUCUAGACACUAAGAGCCUUAGCGUACAAGUUUUUACUUCUGGAAACCCCAAACUCAAUCCGAGAAAACUAAAUUUUCAGCUUUUCUGGAAAGAAUAUCCGGUUGUAAUCCGCGAAUAUCAAUCAAAUAUGUAUUCACCAAGUGCCUAUUUUCUUGCAAAAUCAAUGUCUGACAUGAUUCAAUAUUUGAUAUUUCCCUUCAUUUUUUGCUCGAUUCUAAUCUGGUCAACAAAUCUUCCAAGAAGCUUCUGGCCUUUCUUUCAUUAUUAUUCAAUUAGUUUGAUUUUGAGUCUACUUUCAACGUCUUUAUGUGAGAAAAUCUUGUUUUUUUUUUGAAAAAAAAUAAUCAUUUUUUGCAGCUCGAGUAGUCGCUUCAAUUGUUGGAGAAAUUUCGAGUGCUGUGAAUCUUCUGUUCACAAUCACAAUUCCUUUUAUGGUUUUUGGUGGAUUUUUCAUUUCGUAUGACAGAAUUCCAUUUUAUCUUGAACCAGUUGCCGCAAUUUCAUGGCAUAAAUAUGCUUAUGAAGGAUUUCUGAUUGGGUUUAUGAAGGAUGUUGGUCAGAUUCCUGGCUGCAAUGAAACAUCGACAGUUUUUCGAGAAAGUUGUUCAACCGGAAUAGAAUUUAUCAGACAAUUAUCAUUCAAGGAAGAUAAUUUAUGGCUAGAUUACACUGUUCUACUAACUGUUGUAGCCAUUCUCAAUAUUGCUGGAAUUUCAGCAUUUGUGUGGAGAAUCAGAAGAUCCUAA